AAUGAUCUAAUAUUUGAGAACACCAAAUACAGUUUAAUCUACUAGAGAAAUGAAUUCAGUAAUAAUUGUUGAUAAUCAAAGCCAAAAUAAACUUAUUCUCAUUUUAGAAAAGUCUUAAAAACAAGAUAAAAGUUUCCUACUAGCAGAUCUCAACAUUAAAGAACUGAACCUGCGUAAACUCCUAAAUCUUCAAAUUAAAAAAUAACUCAAUUAUUAUAAAUGACAUAAAGACAAGAAAAAGAAUAAAUAGUUGAAGAAAUCAAAUAAAUUCAUUCUCCAACCUUUUAUAAUUUGGGUAGUCUUCCCUAUAAAAAUUAUAAAUAUGAAAAACCACCUGGUAAUGCAACUGUAUCAGAGUUUUUGGAAUAAGCUUGUCGUCUUGGAUAAAAAACAGGAAAGUGGAAUAAGUAAUCUUUAAUAGAUAAAUUUAAUCCUGAUAAGUAAAUAAUCCAGAUAUUUUAAAUAGUAUUUAAAUUAAAAGAUCUACAUAUACUAGUAAUCAUCUUAUUAAAUCAAGAAAAGUUUAAGGACCAUCAAGUUGUUUAGAAACUAUAUAUGUAGCAAAGUUAUAAUUAGAAUUAGAAGAAAAUCAAAAUGAAGAGUUAUAAAAUAAAGUUAAUGAAAUAGAAGAAAUAUUAAAAGAAGGUGUUAAAAAUGAUAAAACUAAAUGUGCUUCUUAAUAAUAUAUUUUAAAUAGAUGGACUAGAAAAUAGGUAUCUACAGAUAAGUUGUGUGAUAAAAUUGAUAAAUUACCUUAAUUUGCACAUUAAAAGUAUGUUAUUGAUUAAUCAAUUAAUAAAGUUGUAAAAUCAUCUUCCUAAUAUACAACUUAAGAAUAAAAUUCUAUUACUCAAUUACCUGAGAAGAUAUCUUUUUUUAAAUUUGAUUUCAAACAAAAAAACUUUUAAAAAUAAUUUUAUUAUAACAAAGGGUAAACUUUAGCUUUGUUGAAAUAAAACUAUCCCUUUCUUUAUAAACCUAUUAUAGGAGAUAGAGUAUUAUUAAGUUUUGAUAUUGUGAAUUCUAGUAAGACUAUUUCCUUUUAGACAUUUUGUAAUUUCUUAUAAGUAUAUGAAAAUAAAAGAAAUAGGGAAAAUGAAGAAAAAAAAAAUAUGAUUAUUUAAAAUAUUAUUGUAAAUUAAAUUUUAAAGGUAAUUAGAAAAUUAUAAUUAGUUUUUUGUACUUGAUUUAUAGGAAUCAAUUACUUGUUCUGAGUUUUGUAACUUAAUACGAAUUCUUUGUUAACAAUUAAAUGAAAAACAUCCAAAUAUACAACCAAUUUAUUAAUAAUUAAUUUAAAAUUAUAAAUAUUACUAAAUUAUCAAUGAUGACUUAUCAGAACCUUUUAAUAGUUCCCAAUUUAAAUUCAUAUAUUUAACAAAUGAAAUGAAUAUAGAUGAUAUUAUUGAUUUAAUAAAAUUAGAUUGA